AACCAAUAGUUGAAGUGUAUGUGAAUCAAUCCAAUACUAUAUUGGAUUGAUUUCCACCAAAAAUAAAGAGAAAAAAGAGCAGCUCCAAUUCGAAUAAAUGGCAGAUGCUAUAGUUUCGGUAGUGGUGGAGAGAGUUGCAACUAUGGUAGAAGACAAGAUUCGGUACGAAGUCAAUUUGGUGAAAGGCGUGAAGAAGGAGCUUCAAAAACUUUCCAAGAAGCUCAAUACGAUCAGAAAGGUGUUGGAUGAUGCAGAAAAGAAAGCAUUGAAUGAUCAAAUUGUCAAAAUUUGGUUGAAGCAGCUCGAAAACACGACUUAUGAGAUGGACGACAUUUUGGAUGAAUGGAACUACUCUCUUCUCAAACAUAAAUUGGAAGAUUUUGCAGAGCCUAAGCCUGAGCAAAAGAUAGGAUGCUCCUUCAUCCCAUCUUCAUGUUUAGGUUUCAAGGAAAUUCCUUUUCGUCGUGAUAUUGCCAAGAAAAUAGAAAAUGUGAACGCCAUGCUUGAUCAGAUCUUAAUAGAGAAAGAUGGUUUUAAAUUUGCCAUCUCUCUGCCUGUAACUCAUCCCCUGCCGGUGCCCGAGUCUCAGCGAGAACAAUCCACAUCUUCGAUUGACUUGAAGAAAGUUCUUGGAUUGGACAUAGUGAGCAAGAAGAAUGAUAUAGUGAGAAAACUGAUGCGUGAUGAUGAUUGUACCCAAAUUCUGUCUAUAGUCGGGACGGGGGGACUUGGGAAGACGACACUAGCUCAACUUAUUUUUAACGAUCCUCAGUUCAAUACAGAUGAUUGGUUAAAAAUUUGGGUAUGUGUCUCUCAUCCCUUUAUUGUGUCUAAGGUUGCCAACGAUAUUGUUAAAAGUGUGACAAAAGAGACAAGUUCUCCAGAUGCCGACCCACUAGAAGUGGUGUUACAAAAAUUAAAAGCAUCUGUUUUAGGAAAAAAGUUUCUUCUCGUCCUUGAUGACGUUUGGUCAGACGACAGCGACAAAUGGGAGCCCUUGAGAAUCAAUCUUGACUGUGGUGCACCUGGAAGUAAAAUUUUGGUGACAACGAGAAAUAAAAGGGUGGCUGAGAUUAUGGGUAGUUUAGACAAUGAUAUCUAUUACCCGAAAGAGCUUAAUCCUGAAGAGUGUUGGUCAUUGUUGCGUGCCACAUCCCUUCCAGGAAAGAGUAAGGAGGAAUGUGGGAAAUUUGAGGAUGUUGGCAGGAAAAUAGCUAGCAAGUGCAAGGGAUUGCCUCUUGCUGCAAUUGUUUUGGGAAGACUUUUGCGGUUCAAGGGUUUGGAACAGUGGAAACAUGUAGAGAAUAGUGAAAUAUGGGAAUUGGAUGAUAAGGAAGUCAAGCUUUUUCCUCAUUUGCUUUUAAGCUACAAUGAUUUGUCCCCAUCUCUUAAGCGUUGUUUUUCAUAUUGUGCCGUCUAUCCUAAAGAUCACAUGAUUCAUGCGGAAACUCUGAUAGAAGAGUGGAUGGCGCAAGGUUAUCUGCGCUCUGUUAGUGGAAACGGUGCAGAGGAGCUCAAAGGGCGAGAGUAUUUGGAGGAUUUAGCAAUGCGUAGUUUGUUUCAAGACAUUGAGAAAAGUGAGUCGGGGGAGGAGAUAGAAUGGUGUAAAAUGCAUGAUAUUGUACAUGAUUUUGCUCUAUUUCUUAGGAAGAAUGAUGACAAGGAGACAAGUUGUCAAGUUUGUGAUCCUUCAUUGGUUUCUCAUGUCCAAGAAUAUCGGAGUCUAUCUUGGGACAGAAGAGGUCAAGUUUGUGAUUGCAUGAAAAGUGUUAGGGUGUUAAGACUUCGGGGUAGACUUCCUCCAUUGGGAAUGGAAACGCUGAUUCACUUGAGAUGGUUGGAUUUAAGUCGGUCUGACAUGUCAAAGGAUGGCCUUGGAAUCAUAUGUAAGCUUUAUUUCUUGCAAACCCUUCUCUUACCAUCAUGCAGCCUAACCGAGAUUCCACGAGAAAUUGGGAAUUUGGUUGAGCUAAGACAUCUUGACUUAAGUUGGAAUCAGGGAAUAAAGGAGUUACCAGAGAGCAUUAGUAGUUUGGUUGAACUGCAAAUCUUGAAGAUUGAAGGCACUGGUAUCAACUGUCUGCCUGAAGCAUUAGGUGAGUUAAGUAAUCUCCGCACACUGCAGCUGCACAAAUUUAAAGUAGGAAGUCAAUACUACAAGUUGGGUGUUCUGAAAAAAUUAUACCGUCAUUUUGCCGAAUCUCUAAAAGUGAAAAUCUACUUCAGUAGUCUGAGUGAAAUGGAGGAAUUGGUUGAGGAUGCUCGACAAGCACAAUUAAAGACGGUCCUUCAAAAACUCGAAACACUUGAAAUAUCUUUCAAGGAUGCGAUGAAUGAAAAGGAAAAGGAGCAGUCAUCAGUAUCAUCAAUGUGGAUGGAGGUAGUAGAUGCUCUCGUGCCCCAUUACACGUUGAAGAAACUGGAAAUCAAGAAAUAUAAGGGCUCUAGGCUUCCUUGGAAACUACCUUUCUUGGAAAUUCUUGAAAUUUGGUAUGCGGGGCAGUUGAAGUUGGUAGGACGGGAGUUUUUAGGAAUAGAAUCUUCAUCUGAUGUUGUUGUUGUUGCAUUUCCUAAACUCGAGACACUGAAAUUUUAUGACUGCUCGAAAUGGGAGGAGUGGGAGGACAUAACGGAGGAAGAAGAAGAAUCUGCUGCCAUCUCCAUCAUGCCAUGUCUCACACGCUUGUCUAUCAUUUAUUGUAAGAGUAUGAAGAAGCUGCCGCAUCGCCUCCUGCAUAAGGUCUCCUCGUCUUUGCGGGAGUUGGAUAUUAGCGAGUUAGAGUGA